AUGCCCAACCCUGUAUGUAUCAGAUGCUAACCGGAAGUCUACAUGAGAUACGGUUCGAGUGGCCGGAGAAGCAGUUGUCGACCGACGGGUUGAACAACAAUAUGGAGGACAGAACUGGAGGGAUGAAAGUGUUGGACGAGAACGUAAUGAAGACUAAUGCUGUUGCCUAUAUUAAUGAUGAGAUGGGUUUGCAUAGAGUGGAGAACCGAAGCCAUACCUAUCGGGCGGUUUCCCUACACCUCUAUAUACCGCCGUAUUCUAUGUGUCAAACGUUUGAUGAGAGGACCGGACAUCGAAAUGAGGCUAAAGUGACUUUCUAUAGCAAAUACGGCUCAAGAACUCCAUUCAAAAGCUCUAAAGAGAUCUCCAAAUAAAAUUUCAUGAAAAUUCAUUUAAUA